CUCGAGCAACAAUGUCGCUUCUACUCCUGGCAGCUGCCAAGGCAACUCACAACCCUCACUCGGAGGAACGAUGCAAUCAGACCUCUUGGAUUUUGAGGCUUCCCGCUGAACUUGUCACCGAAGUGUUCAAGCAUCUCCCGAAGGCAUCGGAAAUCUGCUUAACCUUCACUUGCCGAGCGUUUUACAACAUGUUCUCUCCCAAAUUGCCUAACAGGCUGGACCGGUGGACUACACAAGAUCUAUUUCUUUUGCUCGAGAGAGAUCGACCGGACUCCUAUUACUGCUUCCAUUGCAAAAAGCUUCACCGAUGGGACCCGAUGUUGCGAGGGUAUCAGCUAGGAGACUGGGACGGAGACUGCUUUCGAAGUCAUAGUUGGCAUGAUAAGGAGAGAGACUCGUUUUACAUCAGCACAGAUCACCAACUUGGCUUCCAUGGGUUCCGGGUCAUCAUGAACAGCCAUUUUUACGGACCUGCGCAUGGGUUUGCACCUUGGGUUCUAGAGAAGGAGAUCCAGAAGACCUGUCCACACACAGGAUGCACAAUCGACGAGGUUAUUCGCACGCGAAUCAUCGACGGCGAGCUUUUCGUCUCCAAAAUCUACAAGAUGUCCCACCCCGAUGGGGACGCCAAGAAGCUCAGACAGCUUGUCGAACACACCCCUUUGCGCAUCUGCAGGCACCUCCAGAUCGGACGCUAUUGGGGUCGAGGAAACUGUUGGACAUCCCGGGGCAUUCGCUUUCUGCCGCGUCGGAUCCCGGAACUCGAGCGCAGCCGUGGCGGGGGUUACUUCACCGGUUGUUCUGAAGUCGUCCGAUCCUGUGGGGUUUGUAUGACCGACUGCCAGGUUGACAUUUGCGACCAAUCAGAUGGGGGGCAGUAUGGCUGGUCCAUAAAGAUCGUCGCAUGGUCCCAGAUCGGAAAGGGCCGCGACCCUUUGGACAGCACAUGGUUGGGAAUAUCACGUCCGGGAUACGACUGCCAUGCCAGUUGGCGAGCAUUUGCGGAAGAACCAGAGUCUACAUUGCCGGGCAUUGUGAGACAUAGGUGGAGCAAGAUGGAUGACAUGUUAGUUGAUGUGAAGGGAGAGUUUGCUGACGGAUUUGAUGAUGGCAAUGAUGAAGGGUUAGCUGUGGACAGGGAGGGAAACCUGAUCCUAGAGUGCGACCUACCUGUGUAUGAUUACUGAAAGAUGAAAAUAUGACAUUCCG